AUGGAAGGAAGAAAAACAGUAGGUUUGGCUGCAAGAGACACAACUGGGUUUUUAUCUCCCUAUUCAUUCAAUCUCAGGAAAACAGGAGCAGAAGAUGUUGUACUAAAAGUACUAUGCUGUGGAAUAGACCACAGAGAUCUUCAUCAAAUGAGGAACGAGAUUCACGGUACAAAAUACCCUUUGGUCCCGGGGCAUGAAGUUGUGGGGGAAGUAGUGGAGUUGGGUUCAGAAGUGAAGAAACUCAAAGUUGGUGACAAAGUGGGAGUGGGAUGCAUAAUAUGGGCAUGUGGAAAAUGUUGCUCUUGCAAAUCUAACUUGGAGCAAUAUUGCAGCCAAAAGAUCUUCACCGUCAACGGCACGUAUGAGGAUGGAACUCCAACUCAUGGAGGCUUCUCCUCUGCCAUGAAAAUGUGUCUUGACUAUAUUCUAGACACUGUACCAGCUCUUCACCCUCUCAGAUCCUACCUUCCAGUGCUGAAAAUAAACAACAUUAUACUAUGCAAUAUAUGGAAGAAAAACACAUCUGGGAGUUUCAUUGGAAGCAUAAUAGAAGAGACGCAAGAAAUACUAGAGUUUCAGGCCGAGAAGGGUCUGACGACAAUGAUUGAGAUACUGAGGGCGGGGUACGUGAAUGAGGCUUCUGAGAGAAUAGAAAGAAACGACGUGAGAUAUAGGUUUGUGCUGGACCUGGACUUGGCUGGAAGCAACCUCAAGUGA